GCCCGCCCGCCUUAAAUGUGACACCGGCGCCUCGGAGUGCGACCCGAAGCCGCCGCCGGGGAGGGGACGAGCACCAUGUCGAAUCUGAGCAAAGGCACGGGCAGCCGGAAGGACACCAAGAUGCGGAUCCGGGCCUUUCCGAUGACCAUGGAUGAAAAAUAUGUAAACAGCAUUUGGGACCUUCUGAAAAAUGCAAUUCAAGAAAUCCAGCGUAAGAAUAACAGUGGUCUUAGUUUUGAGGAGCUCUAUAGAAAUGCUUAUACAAUGGUUUUGCAUAAACAUGGAGAAAAGCUCUACACUGGACUAAGAGAAGUUGUUACCGAACAUCUCAUAAAUAAGGUGCGAGAAGAUGUACUAAAUUCAUUGAAUAACAACUUUCUUCAAACGCUAAAUCAAGCUUGGAAUGAUCAUCAAACAGCUAUGGUGAUGAUUAGAGACAUACUAAUGUAUAUGGACCGUGUAUAUGUACAACAAAAUAAUGUGGAGAAUGUCUACAAUUUGGGAUUAAUUAUUUUUCGCGAUCAAGUUGUACGUUAUGGGUGUAUUAGGGAUCACCUACGACAAACGCUAUUGGACAUGAUUGCAAGAGAGCGGAAAGGAGAAGUUGUAGAUCGAGGCGCAAUAAGAAAUGCUUGCCAGAUGCUAAUGAUUUUAGGUCUUGAAGGACGAUCCGUCUAUGAAGAAGAUUUUGAGGCUCCUUUUUUGGAAAUGUCUGCAGAAUUUUUUCAGAUGGAAAGCCAGAAAUUUUUAGCAGAAAACAGUGCUUCAGUAUAUAUAAAGAAAGUAGAAGCUAGAAUUAAUGAAGAAAUAGAACGGGUGAUGCACUGCCUUGACAAAUCAACUGAAGAGCCAAUAGUAAAGGUGGUUGAGAGGGAGCUCAUUUCCAAGCACAUGAAAACCAUAGUAGAAAUGGAAAAUUCUGGGCUAGUACAUAUGUUGAAAAAUGGAAAGACAGAAGACCUCGCUUGCAUGUACAAGUUAUUUAGUCGUGUGCCAAAUGGCUUGAAAACAAUGUGUGAGUGUAUGAGUUCCUAUUUGAGGGAGCAAGGUAAAGCCCUUGUUUCUGAGGAAGGCGAAGGAAAGAAUCCUGUUGACUAUAUCCAGGGCUUAUUGGAUCUGAAGAGUAGGUUUGAUCGCUUCCUCCAGGAAUCGUUCAAUAAUGACCGGCUCUUUAAACAAACUAUUGCGGGUGACUUUGAGUAUUUUCUCAACCUCAACUCCAGGUCCCCUGAAUACCUCUCAUUAUUUAUUGAUGAUAAGCUGAAGAAGGGAGUCAAAGGGCUAACGGAACAAGAAGUAGAAACAAUAUUGGAUAAGGCAAUGGUCCUUUUUAGGUUUAUGCAAGAAAAAGAUGUAUUUGAACGUUAUUAUAAACAACACUUGGCAAGGAGACUUCUCACAAAUAAAAGUGUUUCUGAUGACUCUGAAAAAAAUAUGAUAUCUAAGUUAAAGACUGAAUGCGGAUGUCAGUUCACUUCAAAACUGGAAGGAAUGUUUAGGGAUAUGAGCAUCUCAAACACAACUAUGGAUGAAUUCAGGCAGCAUCUACAGGCAACUGGGGUAUCUUUAGGUGGUGUUGAUCUCACAGUCCGGGUGCUCACAACAGGAUAUUGGCCCACUCAGUCAGCCACACCAAAGUGUAACAUCCCGCCAGCACCAAGACAUGCUUUUGAGAUAUUCAGAAGGUUUUACUUAGCCAAACACAGUGGUCGACAGCUCACACUCCAGCAUCAUAUGGGUUCUGCAGAUCUCAAUGCUACAUUUUAUGGACCAGUUAAAAAGGAAGAUGGAUCCGAAGUUGGUGUUGGAGGAGCACAAGUAACUGGCUCUAAUACGCGGAAGCACAUAUUGCAGGUCUCCACUUUCCAGAUGACCAUAUUAAUGCUCUUUAAUAAUAGAGAAAAAUACACGUUUGAGGAAAUUCAACAAGAGACGGAUAUCCCCGAAAGAGAACUUGUUAGAGCUCUGCAGUCCCUUGCCUGUGGUAAACCAACCCAGCGGGUUCUUACGAAAGAGCCCAAGUCCAAGGAAAUAGAAAAUGGCCACAUAUUCACAGUUAAUGAUCAGUUCACAUCCAAACUACACAGAGUCAAGAUUCAAACAGUUGCUGCCAAACAAGGUGAAUCUGACCCAGAAAGGAAAGAAACGAGGCAGAAAGUGGAUGACGACAGAAAACAUGAGAUAGAAGCUGCUAUUGUGCGGAUAAUGAAAUCCAGAAAGAAGAUGCAGCACAAUGUAUUAGUAGCAGAGGUAACUCAGCAAUUGAAGGCUCGAUUCUUACCAAGUCCAGUUGUUAUUAAGAAACGUAUUGAAGGACUUAUUGAGAGAGAGUAUUUGGCACGAACACCUGAGGAUCGCAAAGUAUACACAUAUGUAGCAUAAAAUGCGUUCAGAAAUUUGAUUUAUUCUUGGACUGUACUCUUCCGCAUGGACUGAGAAGUUCUUUUAAAUCAUUAAAUAUUAAGACGACCAUCUCUUCUAUUAAAUUACAGUACAUGUUCUAGACCAUUCAGAUCAAGCCUUUACUCCCUUUGAGAGUUUUCAACAUCAGUUGAUUGAGCUUCAGGCUUUACAACAUUUAUCCCUGUAGAGAUCAUCUUUACAGUUCCUCGGGAAAAUGUGAAUGUGCCGCGUUUUGUUUUCAAUACUGUAUGAAAACAGGAAAAAAUAAAACAAAAAUUUAGAAAAUACAGCUCAUUAAAAUAAAAUUGUUGAAUUUCA